AUGUCGGCUAACUGCGCGGGCCCUGCAGAAGCGCCCGACACGAAGAAGCAUCGAGUCGAAAUCGAUGUGAGCAAGGAUGCGGAUCCUGCACCGGUGUUCCCUAGCCCGUUAACUGAUGCUGCCGCCUACGAACACGAAUAUGUGCACAACGUGUACAGCGCGAUCGCCGAGCACUUUUCUAGCACGCGGUACAAGGCGUGGCCACAGGUUAGCACCUUCUUGGAGGGCUUACCGCCCUUCUCGCUCGUGGCGGAUGUUGGCUGCGGAAAUGGGAAGUACUUUUCAGCAGCCCAGCGGCUUGCAUUCACCCCCCUCUCGCAUUCCAUGGGAACACCUGGCGCCACUCUCGAAAUGAAGCUGAAGCAGCAGGCAGAAGCGCAGCCGUCGUUGCCUCUUGUUUCCUCCGUACCCGCGCACCGCUACGUUGUGGGUCUCGACUACAGUGAGGAGCUCCUGCGCUCCACGCAACGUCAGCUGGUGGACCCUAACCUGCAUCAGGAGAAGCGGUGUCGCCGCCUACAUGGCAAAGGUGCAAGGAACGAGGGAGAGGGGGUGGCGACACCUGUGUCUGAGGUGAAGCUCCCACGAACUGAUACAGUGCGCAGCGAUGCUCUACGGUGCCCGUUGCGUGACGGUGUCUUCGAUGCCGCUAUCAGCAUUGCGGUGAUUCAUCACUAUGCAAGUCGGGAGCGGCGGAGGCUGGCAGUGCGUGAGCUCAUACGCCUUAUUCGGCCGCAUGGCGGACUUGCACUCAUCUAUGUGUGGGCGCGCGAGCAGAGGGAGAACACAAAGCGUCUGGUAAACCCAGAGACGGGAGACGGUCUCGUGCGGUGGGAGCGAAGCGGAAAGUACGAUUCGGCUCAACAGGUGUUCCAGCGCUACUACCACUUUUUUGAGGAAGGAGAGCUAGAGCAACUGUGCAAGGAGGCGGUGAGCGAUGAUGGGACCGGGAGGAUUCCGAUCGAAAUCAGAAAAUCCUACUACGACAAGGAGAACUGGUGCGUGAUGCUAGAGCGCUGUUGA